GAGACAUGGGUCGUACAGAAUCGAAAGUUGAGAAGAAAAAUGUCUUCCCGAUAGAUAAGAGUUACUUAUACUUCACUCUCAAUGUUUUGAGUUGUCUCGGUAUAUGGAAUCCAUCCAUGGAGAAAGGCCGCAAGUACUGGCUCUAUCAAGCCUACACAAUCUACUACGUCGUUGUGAUAAUGAUAUUGAGAAUAAUAACCGUAUUAGUGCGAGCACUCCAUACGACAAAUUCAACAGAAUUCUCUCAAGAGUUCUCACUGUUAGUUGUGUUAAUCUGUGAUGCCGCUAAAGGUUUGACUUUCGUAUUCCAUCGGUCCGAUGUGUUGGAGAUUCUUGGUAUAUUCAAUUGGGAGAGACACAUUUUAGGAACGGAACAAGUUAGAUACUAUAGGAAUAGAGUACUAACAAUAGCGAUGAUGGCGUCAAAGAUAUUCACCAUUGCUGUUGCAAUUAUCCUUACCCAAUACUUCAUAUUUUACUUCUACGUGAUUUGGAAAUACUCGGAUUAUGAAAUCGCCAACUUGCCAAUAGGUUCACCACCCUUGAAAUAUUGUUUCGUACUGACAAAUUACUGGGUGGCCAUAAGCAUUGAUUUUGUAAUAUUCACAUCACUGGGAUUGAAUGCAGUUUGUCAUGAUGCUUUCAUCAUGGGGGUGUUGAUAAAUCUGAUGGGACAGCUGAAGAUACUCAAUUUUCGGGUGGAGAAGAGCUCCAUGACGAAUUUGAUCAAGAGUUCUGAUGAAGAAAUUGAGGAAAAUUCCAAGGUCACACAGUUUGAGUGCGCUGAGAGGGAGUCCAGUGAUGAAUUUGUAACGCUUGAUCCUAAUGAAGAGCUCAUCAACUGCAUCAGACAUCAUCAACAAAUUUUAAGGAUAUUAGAGAUAUUCAAACAUAUUUACAACAAAGUACUUCUACCUCAACUAUCGAUAAGCUUAUUAUUGAUCAUUGUUUGUGGAUUACAAAUGAUUCUAAUCAAAGAAGGAGGGAGCCUCGAUGGUACACUGGUGGCCUUGGGAUUCAUGCUCUCAGCUGUCCUUCAACUUUUUGCUUUCUGCUGGGGUGGCAACAUCAUUCUCGUUGAGAGUGACAAAACAAGCUUUGCCAUUUACUCAUCUCAGUGGUACGAUCGAGACAUUGUAUAUCGAAGUAAUGUUAAAAUAUUUCUCAGUCUCGUGAGAAACCCUCUGGUCGUCAGCGCUGGUGGACUUUUCGACUUAUCAGCUGUGACUUUCAAAAAUAUUCUAGCGAAAGCUUACUCAGGAGUUGCAGUGCUACAGAAUAUGGAGGAUUAAUGACAUUGGAUUAGCAUGGUGAUAGUUAAAUUGUAGAUGAGUUGACUCUCCACCAUACAGACCUGAUGAAUUAAUUAUGAAGAACUUGAGUUGAUGAAUUGAAGUAUUCAGAUUUUAAUCCUUCAAGUUGUAUAUUGUA